CAAGUGAUCAGAGUCUAUUGCUCCGAGAAACAAUUAUUGUUAACACUUUUUUUUUUGUUUCUUUUUUUUUUUAUUGUAUCAUCGUUAGCUUGAGCCCGUGUUCGCUCAACGUUUGGCCGUAGAUUAUACCUGUCGUAGGAAAACAAUAAAAUUCACUUAAUAUUUUAAAUUUCUUUUUAAAAUUUUCUUUUAGUCAUUAGGCAUACUAUUUAUACUUAAUUUUAAUAAUAUUAGCCAGUCGAAAAGCCUCGACGCGUAUGACCCGCAGCAGCCGUCACCAUCGUCUUGGUCAAUGUGGAAUAGGUACCAGUACAGAGUUUAUUGAGUUAGUGGAUAACUCGCGACUAACUCAAUUCGUCGUUCUACAAUAAGUUCUUCAUUUUCUUGGUAAAAUCGCUGUUCGUUUUUAAUUUUUUUUAUAUCUAUUAACACAUCGUAAUAUUCAUAAAUACCGUGAUAAUGUAUAUUUUACGUUUACGUAAAUUAGCGUUAUAGAUAUUUUAUACGUACUUGAACACACCAACUCUCAUAUAUAUCUAUAUAUCUAUAUAUUACCAACCUGAAUGCUGUACACACUCUAACUGACUAUAAUCAAGAUGAUGCCGAAAAAAACUGAAUCGUUUUUCGAAAAGAUACAAUCCACUAGGUGUACCUAGCAAUGCGUCUGUUUGGGUACGCGAUAUUUGAACAGCUAUGAGUAUCACAGUAACUACUAUUAAUCCCGUAUCGACAAUUAAAGAGAUGCCUUUAUCUCGGAACCGACCUCACAUCCUGUUGACGUCCAACAAUAAUGGUGCUUCAAGUACUUCCAACGAUUCGUGCAUCUCGCAGUCUGACUGCAGUAGCGAUCAUUUACCGUCACUUCUUAAAUAUUCACAAAUUCUCGACAAAUCAAACACUGCUACAACGACCAAGUUGCCGAAAAAGUGUUCUAAACCAUCUAACCUCGAUGUUAUCGUAGACAAAGCUUCAAGCAACAUAGAUCUUUACGUAGAAAACAAAGACACCUUAUUUGGUGUUAGCAAAUCGGCCACUAGUUGUCUUCAACCUAUUAGUAAACAUGAUGAUUCAAGUACUGCACAAAAUGCGAAGAUUACGCCGUUGAGCAAACCCAAGAAAAAGGGAUUCACACCAGAUUAUGUGUCUAGUAAAUACAGUAGCAGUUUAAGCAAAUUUGAAAAAAUAGAGAUUUUUGGAUUUCCAGAAAUUUAUUUUUUUGGUAUUGAAGCUGAAAAGAAAUUACGACCUUAUAAUGGAAUGCAAUCGUUGUUUGACAAUGAUCAAGGUGGCUAUGUUUUUGUGCCUCAUGACCAUGUAGGUUAUCGAUAUGAGUUGCUCAAAAUAAUUGGAAAGGGUAGUUUUGGUCAGGUUGUUAAAGCAUAUGACCAUAAACUUAAUGAACAUGUUGCACUCAAAAUUGUCAGAAAUGAAAAACGUUUUUAUCGACAAGCCCAAGAAGAAAUCAGAAUAUUAGAGCAUUUACGCAAACAAGAUGUUCACAAUUUAAUGAACAUAAUUCAUAUGUUUGAUAGUUUUACAUUCAGGAAACAUAUGUGCAUCACUUUUGAACUUCUAUCUAUUAAUCUUUAUGAAUUGAUUAAGAAAAAUAAAUACCAAGGGUUCAGUCUUCAACUAGUGCGGAAAUUCAGUCAUUCACUCCUGGUUUGUCUUGACGCAUUAUAUCAUAACAAAAUUAUUCACUGCGAUAUGAAACCAGAAAAUGUUCUUUUAAAGCAACAUGGGCGAAGUGGUAUAAAGGUAUUCAAUGUUUAUAAAUUAUUACCUGGGCUCAAAUUUUAUAGCAAAAUAACUAAAAUAUGUGCUAUAAUAUGACAUUACAAAUUUUAAAAUAAGCACUAUAAUAUGUAGCUAAAAAAUUUUUAAAAAGCUAUGCUGCUUUAGUAUGCCAUAAAAACAUGAAAAAUUGCUCAGUACACAGACCUACUUAAAAUAAAUUACAAUACAAAAUGAAAUUGUAGGUAUUUUUCUUAUAGAUUCACAUAAAUGAAAGAUACUAUAAAAUUCGAGCUCUGGUUAUUAUUAAUAUUAUGUAUUAUCAUAUUUUUAUUCUAAAGAAAUAUACAAAGUGUUUGGUUCAAUUCAAUGUAUUUUGGAAGUAUAAUAAAAUGAUACUUUUUUAAAGCAUUUGUAAACAAAAUAUUUAAAAAUGAUUAAUUUUUUUAAUUUCUUAUAUAAAUUAUUUUUGAAAAGAUUUAUUAUUAACUAGUUAAUAUUUAAAUAUAGGUGGGCUAAUGUUGUAGGUAAGAAGUUAGGAAGGUAGUAUUUAGAGGGGAAUUUAAUGUAUAUUUUUAUGCAGCGGUUGAUCAUUGUUAAUAAAAAAUGACUGAGCGGAGUUUGAUUAUAUAUGUUUUAAAAAGCCGUAAUAUUUACAAUCUGCUCAACAUGUGAUAUCAAAAUUCUUAUUAAAAAAAAUAAAUUAUGCAUUUAACUCAACUUUUUCUUUUUGACCACUAUGUACAACUCAUAAUGAUUCUCCUGUUAAAUUAUCAAGCAUUUCUGUUUGGUCUUAUAGUUCUAUUUACAGAGUACCUACCAAACAAAAAUUCAUUAAAUUAAAAUGUCUAUAGCUCAAAAAUGGCCCAAAUGUUUUGACAAUUUUGCCAUAUUUAGAAAAGGCAAGUAUGACUUCUCUAUCCAAAUUUCAAGUCUGUACAAAUAUGUUUAACUAAAUUACAACAAUAAACAAAAAUGUAAAUAAUAAAAGUUUUAUUUUUUAAAUUUUCCCUUUUUUCCCCAUUUAUUAUGAAAGCUUAAAUCAAGGUUCUACUGAAAACCGCUCGGAAAAUCAAAAAAAUGACCUUCCAUUAUACCAACUAUGUAUAAUUUUCUUUCAGAAAAUGUACUAGACUUGAAAAUUGGUGCAAGAUAUCUAUUAAAAAUUUUGUACAUGAUAUAAAAAAGUAAAAAAAAUAAACAUUAAACAAAUUACAUUUUUUACUUCGCUCAGAAUCUAAAAUUUAUUAAACAUAUUAGUAAAUAACAAAUGUUCAUUAAUAUAUGUAUUUUAAUUUAAUACUAUUUAAAUAAAAUAAAUCCGUUUAAUAAAGUGUUAUUACUUAUUAUAAUUAUAUUUAUUAUUUCUAGGUCAUCGAUUUUGGGUCAAGCUGUUUUGAGCAUCAAAGAGUGUAUACCUACAUCCAAAGUCGUUUUUAUCGAGCACCUGAAGUAAUCUUGGGUGCAAAAUAUGGAUUACCAAUUGAUAUGUGGAGCUUAGGUUGCAUUCUUGUUGAGCUGUUUACUGGAUUUCCGUUAUUUCCAGGGGAAGAUGAAACUGAUCAAUUGGCUUGUAUUAUUGAACUUUUAGGAAUGCCUCCUAAAAAACUAUUAGAUGUUUCGAAACGUGCUAAUUACUUUGUGAGUUCUAGAGGUUAUCCAAGGUAUUGCUCCCAGACUACAUUGUCUGAUGGUUCAACCAUUCUCAAAGGAAGUAUUUCACGAAAAGGGAAAGCACGAGGGCCUCCAGAGUCUAAAGAUUUAUCCAAAACUCUAAAAGGUUGUGAUGAUCCACUGUUUUUAGAUUUUAUUACUCAGUGUUUAGAAUGGGACCCUGAACGUCGUAUUACACCUUCUAUGGCCCUGAGACACAGCUGGUUGCGUCGAAGAUUACCACGUCCCCCAGCAGUUGUUGAUCACCAAAAUUAUUCUCAAGAAAGUACACCCACAAGUUUACGUGUAAAAUUGUCUGAAACUAAUCAUCAAACAAUGUCAAUGCAUUCCAGAAAUUCUCAGAUAUCAAGUAAACUGCCCCAGAUUACAUCUACAUGUAUAAUGUAAGAAUUAUCUUUUAAAAGUGUAUAAUAUGGUUUUAAUUCCUGGAUGAAUUUUAUUUUAAAUUUAUUUAUGAACCAAAUCGUGUAAUGUGUUUGUUAGAAUAUAGGUAUUUACCGAUUUUAGUAUCUCUAGAUCAGCAUUAUGUUAUGUUUGUCUCAAUUAUUUUUUAAGGAUUUUUUUUGUACUCCCAACAAUUUUAAUUCUAACAAAUAUUUUUAUUUUAGAGAAAUGUAAAAUAUAUAUUAUAUAAUGAUAUAAUUUCUUUUAUGUACAUGUGAACUUGAUUUAACUAGCCAAUAUUAUAAGAUUUUGAAUUUGUGAGUAUAUUUCAAUAUAAAAAUUAUUAUAAAUACUUGAUUGUAUUUAAUUUUACUUCUUAUUUUAUAGAAAUAUGACAAAAUUACAUUAAAAAUAAAAAUGUUGAAUUCAUUUUAAUUUUUGUUAAAUUGUGUUUAUAUCAAAUAAUACAAAGUUUAAUGAUGUAUAGCCAUAAUCUAAAAUUUUAAUUUCUGUUAAAUUUCAAUAGUAUACUGUAUACUAUAAUUGCAUGUUAUAGUUAAAUAUUAUUGAUUUCCGUGAAAAAUAUUGUUGAACUUCUAUAAAAUAAUGUGUGUGUUCAUUUUUUUUAAUGUUUAGUCUAAUAACUCAGAAUGCUUUGAUAGUAUAUUAAUUGUAAUUUGUGUUUAUUACCAGUUUGUUUAAAGAAAAAAUUUCCAUUCUGAAUUUUUAUUUUAUUUAUAAUUAUGUAUUGAAUGAGCUGAAUAAUAAUAAAAUGUACCUAAAUUGACUAUUAAGAUAAGAGUAUAGAAUUUAUAAUUUAUUUAUUAUUAUUGAUAAUGUAGACAGAUAAUUAAUUUUUAACACAUGACAUCAUUAAUGUUUUUUUGUCUGUGCAUGUAUUUUAAUUUCUUUUGUAUUACAUGGCAUAUAAUAAAAUCUCAAGUUUGCUAUUCGAAUUAUUGGAUUAACACAAAGUUAAAGUAUACAAGAUAUACAAAGAUUGUAACUAUUUUUUGUUUAACUGAAAUGUCAGGAAUUUAUAAACUUUGAAAAGUGAUAAUAUUUGUAAUAUAUAAGAAAUUAAAAAAUGAAGUUAAUCUUAGUUAAGGCUUUAAACUUAAUAACAUUUUUUUUUUAAAUUAGAUAUAGAAAUUUGUCAUGAAUCUCUUUGUAUCUCAAUGUUUUAAUGACUGAUAUAAUAUGUAUGUUAAUAUAUAGAUAUAUCAAAAUUCAAUUACAGUUGCAAAAUUGUAAAUGCAACAAUUUAAAUAAAAAUAAUAUUUAUUAAUAUUUUAACAUGAAUAAUUUUUUGAAAUUCAAUAUACCAAUGUAUUUAUCCCACUGGAAUAAUUGAUAAACUUUGCAUCUUUAUCUACUUUAUUUAAAAAAAAAAAAAUACUGAAUUAUAUAAAUUAUAUUAAAUUAUAUAUAUUUAUAUAAAUUGUAUAAUACUAAAUGAACAUAUCGCUUAGAAAAUUAUUAAUGUUUGCUGAAAAUAUUACUUAAAAUUUAAUUAUUUAUUUGUUGUG